AUUUACUUUUUUUUAUAAAAUAGAUUAUAUAUGAUCAUACAUGUAAGAAAAAUAAAUAUAACAUCAAUGGAUGAGUGAAAUGUAUGAAACAUUAGCUAAUAUCAAUAAUCAUCGAUGAUUAAACGUAAAAAAACCCCAAUGGAAAAUAUAAAAUAUAUUUCCAUAAAAGGGGUGAACUCAUAUAUAUUUUAAAAACUGUCAUUAGAUACUAUCAUUUGUUUCUUAUUUGUUCCAAAAUUCUUAUUAGAAUAUCUUUUUAGAAUAUCAUAAUUUAAAAAAAUGGAAGAUUUGAUAUUGGAUUUUGAUCAAAGCUGUUUGUAACAAAAAGUAAGAAAAAAAUUGUAAUAAUAUUUUAGUUUUAUAGGAUGAUGAGGUUGAAUUUCAAAACAGUAUUACUUGUAAUAGUAGUUGCAGUGUUAAGUUCAAUAUUAACAUCUUGGAACAAUUGUGGUAGUCCAUCAUUUUUUAAAAAUACUGAUUGGAAAUCAAAAUUUCAACAUAAAGAUCGAUUAAACUUAGAAACUGGAUAUCAAGAAAUAGAUUGUCACAUAAAUGGUGAUUAUUCUAUUGGAUGUCGUAAGGAAGGAGAUGAAGUUUAUAUACCAUUCUCAUUUAUUCAUAAAUACUUUGAGAUUUAUGGAAAGCUAGCUACCUAUGAUGGUUUAGAAAGAUUUGAAUGGCUGCAUAGUUACUCCAAGAUUGUUAAUCCUAAAGGAAAAUAUGAUCCUAGAGGUGUGUUUAUGACCUUUGAGAAUUAUAAUGUUGAAGUUCGAGAACGUGUCAAAUGCAUCAGUGGAAAUGAUGGAGUACCAAUAUCUACUCAAUGGGAGAGUCAAGGAUACUAUUACCCUACUCAAAUUGCUCAAUUUGGAUUAUCACAUUAUAGUAAAAAUUUAACAGAACCAGAGCCUCACAGAAAGAUAAUUGAAGAUUCAGAUAAAGUUAAAAGAGAAUGGAUUAUACCUCAAGGAUCUAUUGCAUCUAGAAUAUUUGAUAAAUAUGCUAAUAGUUAUGUAAUGAAAUUUGCAACACCAGAAACAAGUACUUCUGGUAUCACUUUAAAAUUAGAUCAUGUGCUAGAUUUUGUAUUAAAAUGGGAUUUUAAUAUUAAAGACAAUGGAAGUAUCAUGAUUACAUUGCAAUCUAGAGAAAGAAAAGAAAUAUAUUAUCUUCAUUAUAUUACUAGUAAUAUAGUAUUACAUACUUAUAACAAUCAUGUUUAUUAUGGAAUUGGUCAAAUUAAUCAUCAGUGGAGAAGAUUCACUAGAGACUUAGUUAUAGAUCUACAAAAAGGUUUAUAUUUAAAUGAUAAAAAUAAAAAGAAAAUGUCUCGUUCAAAAUUGAAGAUUGUGAAGAUAACAUUAUAUGGAUCUGGAAUGAUUGAUAAUGUAACAUUAUCUACAAGUGAACAUAUGGAACAAUUUUAUGAUGCAGCUAGAUGGUUUGUUAGUAAUCAGAAUAUUACUUCUGGUGGUUGGGCAAAUCCUGUACGAAGAAAAGUAGCUACUGGAAUGGCUACUCUUGAACCUGGAUGGUAUUCUAGUAUGGGUCAAGGCCAUGCAAUUUCUGUACUAGCAAGAGCAUAUUAUCAUUCUGGUGAAGAAAAAUAUUUACAAGCUGCUGUUAGAGGUCUUCAACCUUUUAAAUUAUCAUCUAAUAAAGGAGGAGUAGCUGCAGUAUUUUUAAAUAAAUAUGUGUGGUAUGAAGAAUAUCCUACAACACCUUCUUCGUUUAUACUUAAUGGAUUUAUUUAUUCUUUAAUUGGUUUAUAUGAUUUAAAAAGCAUAGCAACAGGUAAAGAUGCGGAAGAAGCAUCUCGCCUUUUUAAUCAGGGUAUGACAUCCCUGAAAAACAUGUUAACAUUAUAUGAUACAGGUUCUGGUACUACAUAUGAUUUACGUCAUUUUACAUUAAAAACUGCUCCAAAUUUAGCUAGAUGGGAUUAUCAUUCUACUCAUAUUAAUCAACUUCUUCUUUUAAAUUCAAUUGACAAUGAUUCGAUUUUUACUACUACUGCAGAACGUUGGAUAGGUUACAUGAAUGGUAAGAGAGCUGCACAUAAUUGAUUUUUUUUUAUGAUUGAUUGAUUUUUAUAUUUUUCUGUUUUUUUAUUUAUUAAUAUUUAAUAUCUUAUUUUUUCAUUUCAUUUUGUAUUAUAUAUUUUGUAAAUAAUUUUUAAUAAUCAUAAGAUAAAGUGGACCAAAAUAUAUUUCUCUUUUUGUAUAAUUGUUGUAAAAUGAAAAUAGUAACAAUCAAAUAUUCAUUCUUAAUUAAUUAUUUACUGAUAUUCUUGAAAUAUUAUUACAUGAAUAUAGUUAUUGAACAAAAAAAUAAGAUAAUGAAUAUUUAUUCAUUAUAAUGAAAUAUAAAAUUUAAUAUUCUAUAUAGUCAAAUUAGAUCUAUAUAUAUAUAUAUAUAUAGAGAGAGAGAGAGAGAGAGAGAGAGAUGUAUUACUAUAUUUUAAAAUAGUUUAUUUAAUUUAAUGAAAAAUCAUAAAGAAUACAAUUCUGAAUAAUUUAAAGAUUUUAAAUAUUUAAAAACAAAAUUAUCCCUAAAAUGAGGACUUACUGAAACUUAAAUAUUAGUGGAAUAAUGUAGUAAUAUAAAUGUGUUAUGUGUAAAUUUUGUACUUAAAGAAUUAAACGCAAUAUUUAAAUUUUAUAAAUUAUAUUUCAUAAAAUAUGAAUUUUUUAAUUUAUAUGUUAUGUGUUAAAUUAUGUUAUAAAGUAAGAUUAAAUAAGUUCCUAAUUAUUUGAAUGUUUUAUUUUUAUUAUAUAUGUAUAUUAAAAUAAAUUUUAUUUUUUUAAUAUGAAUUAUUAAAAUGAUAUAAAAAAUUGAUUUAAAUAAAAAUAUAUAAAUUCUAAAA